AUGUCCAGAAUGGGUAUUACUUCCACGCUUCAGAGACGCUCCACGGAACGGGAGCAGUCGAAUCGUGAGGCUGCUCGAAGAGAAGUCACGGAUGGAAUGGAGAAACUGGUGGGCCAUGAGAAUGUCAAGAGACAGUUGAAUGGUGUGCAGAGCUAUGUGCAGAUCUGCCGAAGACAUGGAAGAGACCCGCGCAGCGAGUGGUACAACAUAUCCAUGCAGGGGAAUCCAGGCACCGGCAAGAGUAUUGUUGCUCGGAUGUAUGCCAAAAUGCUCUAUUCGAUCGGAAUCACCGACACAGACGUCGUCAGGGAGACUGCGGGCUCGGAACUGGCUUCCAAGGGCCUAGAAGGAACUCGACAACUUGUUCAGGAAAUGGUGGACUCUGCCCCGUCGGCACACACGGCUGGUGUUCUGAUCGUCGACCGACCGCAUUUGCUCGAUGACUCUACGGAUCACUCCACGGCGGAGCUGUCUCUCGCUUGUGUUCAAGAUGCCAUGGAACGUACGACAGGCAGGAUCAUCGUCGUAUUCACCGGCUCUCCAGAUGACAUCGCCGUCUUUCUCCGCGAUCACCCGGCUCUCCAGCGCCGAACAUGCAGCACAUUGACCUUCCAUGAUUUCGACCGCCCUGACCUCCUUCACCUACUUGGACGACGCAUCACUGAGGAAUAUCACGGCCGUAUGCAAGUUGAAGGCGGCCUCGAGGGACCGUACAUGCAGGUCGCAGCCCGUCGACUGGCUCGAGGCCGCGACAAGAAGGGCUUCACCAAUGCCCAUGCGGUACGCGACUUCGUAGCUACCGUCGCUCGUCGUCAGGCUCAGUACCUAACCGAGCAGACGGAUGGCAUGGACGAGGUGGACUACUUUUUCUUCUCACGACAGGAUCUACUGGGACCCAGUCCCGCGGAUAUCAGACUUCAGAGCGAGGCAUGGUUGGCUCUGCAGAGUCUUGUCGGACAAGAUGCCAUAAAGGCUUCUGUUCGGGAGGUCUUCGAUACCCUUGAUGAGAACUAUACGAGGGAACUCAACAAUCAGAGACGACUUCCUGUGCGAUUGAAUCGCGUUUUUGCUGGACCUAGAGGAACUGGAAAAUCUACUGCGGCACAGUUGUAUGUGCAGGUGCUGGCGGAUUUGGGACUAUUAAAAAGCGCACACGUCCCAGUGAAAUCCCUCUUCGCUCUAAAUCCCUUCAUUCUAAAUCCCGACGAGGCCCUCAUCAUCGAGAUCGAAACUCUCAGCGGAACCUCCAUCAUCAACCCGGGACGCAUCCCCCCAGACGUCCUAGCCACGUUAAGCCAUGAAAUGAGCGUCUCUCGCGCAUGCACCAUCCUGAUGGGCUCCGACUCAGCCAUCGAAUCAGUCAUCUCCCAACUGCACAAGACAACAGUCAACAAAUUCGAAGCCCAGGUCGUUCCCUUCCACCGUCUCUCACGAGAGCAAAUGGAACAGUUGUUCCAGACAAAGGUACAAGAAAACGAUAUCGACUCGACGCCGGAGGCCUUCCAAGCCGCGAUGGAUAUCCUUGACAACGCACGGAUGCGUCAAGAUUUUGACAACGCGCGAGCGAUCGAGCGACUCGUUGGCGUCGCGAAUCAUAACUUCGAAGAACGACGGUCAAAGAUAGCAGAGCCGGUAGGUAGAGUCCUCCAGGCGGAGGACUUUCAGCCAGAUCUGGUAGGUGGUCAUACGGCGUUGGCGUUUCGUGAUGAAUUGCGGAAUUCCAUCGUCCCGGAUGAUAUCAUCGCUGUGUUGAAGCGGUAUCAUAAUGAGAUGAAGGCCGCGUGGGUGCAAGGUUUGGAUCCUGGGAGGAGGGUUCCGUAUGCUCUGGUGUUUAAGGGAGCUUAUGGCUCCGGCAAGAAAACCGUUGCUCAACAGCUCGGUAUCCUGUACUACAAAAUGGGUGUACUAGAGACCAGCGAGCUAGUUGAAUGCUCUAUAAGUGACUUUACCCAAGGCGUCAAUAUCAGUUCCUGCGCACGAACGCACCUCGAUUCGAGCCGAGGCAAGGUUCUCUUUGUAGAGGACGCACACCGACUUGCCGACACAGAAUCCACCCUACAAGCAAUGGACGAGCUCGUCUACCUGCUCCCGAAACACGCAGGCCAAACGGUGGUGAUUCUUGCCGGUCCACCGCAAGAAAUGGACCAGUUGCUCGCCAAUCGACCCCGUCUCGCCAGUCUGUUCCAAGAAGAGAUCAUCUUCCGGAAUCCGACCCCGCGCGAAUGUCUCCGACUACUUGAUAAACGUCUCGAAGAGGACCAAAUCCAGGGUCCGAGGUUAUACCUGACUGAUCCGAGAGAUGCAAGCCAUCGGGAAUUCACCCGGGCUAUCCAGAUCCUGUCGAUGUUUCCCUGCUGGAGUAACGAGCGGGAUAUCGAUGUGCUCGCGCGUUGGAUGGUCUCGACCUGUGUUCGGGAUAUAUCUGAUACUGUGGGGCCAGAUCUGAAACUUAGUCUGACGGAUGAGCAGGCUAUGGGAUGCAUGAUUCGUUUAUUUAAUCUAAAGAGGGAUCGACUGCGGUUUAAUCAGGAUCCGAAGGCGAGAACGUUGCCGCGGAUUUUGUCCCAGCCGAGGACGACAGAACGAGGGGGGGUGAGGUUUCCAGUUUGA